AACUUCCUGUCUGUCUCUCUGCAUCCCAGUGCCGCUGACUGGAGCUGCUCCCACCUGGAGGCUCAGUAGAGAUUCAGCUGCUCAGCGGACUGGAGACAAGAGGAGCAAUACAAGAAAGAAAGAAGAGAAGGAAAGACAGGACAAAAUAAGAGGAAGAGGAGGAGGAGGAGGAGGAGGAGAGCGAGAGCUGCUGCGCGCUGGUUUGGAGACGUUAUUUUAUUGCCCAACAACAAAAACUAAGGAGGAUUUUAUAAAAAAAAACCGAUGAAAAGUCUCAGCUGAAACCUCCUUGUAGCUGUUAUUUAAAAGAAGAGUCAACAACUCUGAUUCACUCAGGUGUCGGUGGAGUCCGCGGACGCAUCGCGCGCGUCGGACCUUUCUGCAGCGCGUAAAACCGCGGCUCCUCUCGUGCGCCUUCGCGCUGGUUGGGUCUGUGCACGAGUGUGUGUGUGUGUGUGUGUGUGUGUGUGAGAGGUGGCGGAAGUGAGGAUCAGCCGGAGUGGCCGACCAGUCAGAAGGAUGCUGGAGGGCAAUGCCCGCAGAACGAGACGAUGAGAUCUGUCGAAAGGCGCUGGAGCUGCUGUCCGACCUGUGCUCCAGGGGCGAGGUGCAGGACGAGAGCUGCCUGGACUUCAUCUACUACUUCAGGGACCUGGCGAGACCGCGAUACACCGACUCAGAUGUAUCGGUGAGCUUGUUGUCCCUGCUGGUCACCACCUGUGGCCUGGCUCUCUUCAGCGUCUCCCUCUUUGUGUCAUGGAAGCUGUGCUGGGGGCCGCUGACCGGACGCUACCUCCCAGAUAUCCUGAAGGGGGCGCACUUCCUGGGCGGAGACCAGCAGCCAGUGCUCACAGAGGUGGACGGGGAGGAGAGGGAGUACAGUGAAGAUGGCUGUAUGAAGGAGACUCCGGGGUUUCACUCGGCUGUGGUCGUCCCGGAGUCGGGCCUGAAGAUAAGCCACACGUCGCCUGACAUCCCACUGGAGACCCAGACCAAGGUUGAGAGAAACCAGGUCCACACUCUGGCCAGGGACAGGGUCCAGAGGCAGAUAACUGAGCCUACGUCGUCUGUACGGCACAACUCCAUCCGCCGUCAGAUGAACUUGUCCAAUCCGGACUUCAACCCUGCUCAGUUCCAGCGCCAGGAUUCUCUCUCUGGUUUGGGCCGAAUAAAGCCAGAACUCUACAAGCAGCGUUCAGUGGACGCUGAAGACGGGCACCACACCGGUGGCUGCGGGUGUCUCAACUUCAUCCUGAAGUUUGACUUUGACCUGGAGCAGCUGAUCGUGAAGAUCCACAAGGCGCAGGACCUCCCCGCCAAGGACUUCUCAGGGACCUCCGAUCCUUAUGUCAAGAUCUACCUGCUGCCCGACCGCAAAACCAAGCACCAGACCAAGGUGCACCGCAAGACACUCAACCCGGUGUUCGAUGAGGUGUUUCUCUUCCCCGUGGCGUACGCUGAGCUGACGAGCCGAAAGCUGCAUUUCAGCGUCUACGACUUUGACAGGUUCUCACGCCAUGAUUUGAUAGGCCAGGUGGUGGUGGACAACUUCCUGGAGCUUGCCGACUUUCCCCGGGAGACUAAGCUGUGCCGAGACAUACAAUAUGUAACGUCGGACAACGUGGACCUGGGAGAGCUGAUGUUCUCAUUGUGCUACCUCCCCACGGCCGGCAGGCUCACCAUCACUAUGAUCAAAGCCAGAAAUCUCAAAGCCAUGGACAUCACUGGAGCCUCAGAUCCGUACGUGAAAGUGUCCCUGAUGUGCGAGGGCCGCAGGCUGAAGAAGAGGAAGACAUCAACCAAGCGCAACACUCUGAACCCGGUGUACAACGAAGCCAUCGUGUUUGACGUUCCUCCUGAGAACAUCGACCAGAUCAGCCUGCUAAUCGCCGUCAUGGACUAUGACCGAGUUGGACAUAAUGAGGUGAUCGGAGUGUGCAGGGUGGGCAACGAGGCCGAGAGUCUGGGGCGAGACCACUGGAGCGAAAUGCUGACGUACCCACGGAAACCCAUCGCCCACUGGCACCCGCUUGUAGAGUGGGUCGGACAGGGAACGACGGGAGGAGGAAGCCAAGGAGGAUCCACCAAUUCACUGAAGACGCCGCCGUCUCCAUGACGACACACACACACACACACACACACACACACACACAUGCAGAGCCUCAGGGUGGUAAAGUGAUGGGAGUCGGACCUGCAGAGAGUCAAAGUGUUAGGACGUGAAGUGCCAGGUGAGACGAACAAGGAGCAACAGUAGAAACCUCAGAUAUGAGCCACGACUCUAACUGACGUGUCUGUAGAUCGAACUCUGGGUGUCAACGGGAUUCAGACCGCGGCAAAACGCUCAUCACCACUUUCUCAUGUGUCUUCGCAACCAAACAAAACACUUAACUACAUUCCAGCUGAACUAACGACUGUCAGUCGUCUGUUUGGAUUGACAUCGGCAGUAUCAACGGGUUGAGAUUAAUCUAACAGGUCAAGCUUCUUGUUUCUCUUCUUCUUUCUUUUGGUAAAUUUCUGUUUGGGGACCAACAUCAUGAGUUUUUCAGUGAAUGUGUGAAACUAGUGAUGUGUGUGUGUGUGUGUGUGAUCAGAUUCCAUCGAUGCAGUAAGAGUUAGGCAGCGUUACGGAGAGAGAAGCGAGGGAGAGGGCGUUGUUUCAGGCUCAGGUCAACUCCGCGUCAGGUCUUUGUUGUUGUGCUGGAACAGAGACUUUAGAUAAAGAUGGACGACGCGUCUCCUCUUUCUCCCACUGAACAAAAAAGGAAGCCAAAACAAGCUGCUGCCAUCUUGUGCAAACUGUGAAACUCUAUUUUCAUGGAAUCUUAUAACUAAUUCGAACCGAACGUAUAAGAAACACAAACACUUGAACAUACAUCAGUGUGAUAAGAGCUACUCAAAAUGACAGAAACUAUCUGUAAGAGAAAAAAAAAUUGAUGUGUGUAAUGACUUUUUAAAUCUGGCCCAUGUCCAUCCACUAACAUGGAAGCGGAGGGGUUUAUGACCCAUGCUGCAGCCACCCACCAGGGGGCGACCCAGAGGUUUUGGCUUCACUUUUGGGGAUCUGUCAUGUCAUCCAUCUUUAUUUACAGUCAAUGUGCCGCACAUUGAACCCUGAUUAUAUACAAACUCCCUGCCAGACAUGACCAGAGGAGAUUUUCUGUGCGUUAACCUUCGUUUUCCUGCAGGGGGCGACUUUUUCUCGCAGUACAUUUCCUGCAGAGACGUAAAAACUGAAGAGGAUUCGCCCGAGAGAAUGUGUAAAGCAGCCGACGGAUGGAACAUACAGUGUUUUAUUUACUGCACGUUAAAUUGUCAUACUUUGUUAACGGGGUGUGGUCAAAAAUACGGGAAACGGAAGCUUCAGAUUUGUUAUCAGUGUCAGUCUCCUCCCGUGGCAACAUCAAAGUAUGACGGCGAAUGGUUCUUCAGGACCUUCUGGUUUUGUACAACGUGGUGUUAUCUUGUGUCGUGUUGGUCAUCAUUCCUUUUGUAAUCAUAGGUCUGUACUCACCGCGUUCAAGGCCCCAAGAAACUGAAAUCAGGGCACUGUAUAUUUUCGUGUCUGGACAAAGACACACGAAGCUGCGGGGGGAGCUGUCGCCGAUGUUAAUUGGCGUUUACAGUCGACCGUAGCCCCCCGCAGCACGAGAGUUGACAGUAAUUAGCGGCUCAUCAUGGACAGUCAUGACAACCGCCUGCGCUUUGUUGUCGAGGUCUUUCUCGACGACGCCUGCUUCGCUUGCGGAGUCAACUGAUGAAUCAGAUAGCGUAGGUCCCCGUGCGCCGGCUGGUAACUGGCAGGAUUUAUUACCACGGGGCGAGAGAGAUAAGAUUCCAGAGAAUGUAAUAAUUGGACACAUAAUGAGUGAACGCCGCUGAGAGCAGGAUGAGUCGUCAAACUGUUGAAACCAUUUUAAAGACAUAGUAAUGUAAUAAUAUAGCUGGUUUUUUUUACAUGUAUUUGGCAAAUAAACUAACCCAGGGCCAUAGGAUUAAAACUGGGAACGUGUAUUUUUCAUGUCAUGGUGCCUUUAAGUAACCCAGAAACCAUGAUGAUUGGAAACAUUUAAUUAAUUAACACUUCAUUUAGGAAUAUAUACGUCCAUGUAAUUACAAUAUGCUCUAAGCUAAAAUCUUAAGCUCUCACAAUUUGAUUUUGAAAUAGGGCCUCAUCUAUUAGACGGGGGAACAUAUUCAAAGAAAGCUUGUUUAAAGCUUCAUUAACUGAUUUAUUGGCCACUAGGGGGCAGCAUAACUCGUUUUAAAUAAAACAUUAAUUCAUUCAGUGUUGAGGGGGGCGGGGGCAUUGGAUUGAAUUGAAAUGAUGAUGACCAGAACUACAAGGUGAUGAAGUCAUGGCGAGAAAUACAAAAAGAGAAGGUCAUAAAACGUCUGUAAAUGCAUUUGGGUUAAAAUUGCAACUGCCCUCUACUGUAAUAAGACUGUCAUGUUUUCUUCUUUUUUUUUGUUUUGUCCACACCCUGUGUUUGUUUUUUAAUAAGCCAGUGUUUGUUUUUUGAAAAAUUCAGAUUAAUACCAGUAAUGUUUUUUUUUUGUCUUUGUAUCGGACACCGUCACGAUUGUUAUUUAUGAACUCCCCCUGUGUUUGUAGGUACAGUACAAUGCAUGCAUCAUUUUCCUGUGCGUCAUUUUUAAAUCUCUCUCUUUCGUUGUGAGAUACUAAUCAUAUUGUAAACACAAGAUGUAUUAUGAACCCAAGGCAGACUGUGUUAAUUGUCCAUUCAGAUGUUAUUAAUAAAUAUUUCUAUA